UGCUGCUCUCCUUAAUAACAAGAGGGAAAGGGAGGGAGGGAGAGAUUGAAAGGAGCAGGGGAGGGCCGGGAGGGGAGGGGAGGAGAGGGGAGGAGGAACCAGAGAGGGGAGCGACCAGAGGGAGGAGAGCUAACUGCCCAGCCAGCUUGCGUCACUGCCUCAGAGCAGAGAAGAGCAAGCAGCGGAGAGGGAGACGAGUUUGAAGGGGAGGACUGGUGUGAGUUAGGCAGCCCCCGAGGCUCUGCUUGCCCACCGCCCACCCUUUCCUCUCUUCUCCUGCGGCUCUCUUCCUGCCCGCACCUAUUCCCCGAAAAAACCUUAUUUAGCCAAAGGAAGGAGGCAAGGGAAUUCUUUCCCUUCCCCCUCCAAAAAAAAAGAAAGAAAGAAAAGAACUUUUUAAGUCCGGAGAAAGCAGGGGACCGAGUGGUCACACAGCUAGCCAUGGAGCUUCUGUGUUGCGAGGUGGACCCGGUCCGCAGGGCCGUGCGAGACCAAAACCUGCUCCAAGACGACCGUGUCCUGCAGAAUUUGCUCACCAUCGAGGAGCGCUACCUUCCCCAGUGCUCCUACUUCAAGUGCGUGCAGAAGGACAUUCAGCCCUACAUGCGCAGGAUGGUGGCCACCUGGAUGCUGGAGGUCUGUGAGGAACAGAAGUGUGAAGAGGAGGUCUUCCCUCUGGCCAUGAAUUACCUGGACCGCUUUUUGGCUGGGGUGCCCACUCCUAAGUCUCAUCUGCAGCUCCUGGGUGCUGUCUGCAUGUUUCUGGCCUCCAAGCUCAAAGAGACCAUACCGCUGACUGCUGAGAAGUUGUGUAUUUACACGGACAACUCCAUCAAGCCUCAGGAGCUGCUGGAGUGGGAGCUGGUAGUACUGGGGAAGUUGAAGUGGAACCUGGCUGCCGUCACUCCUCAUGACUUCAUUGAACACAUCCUUCGCAAGUUGCCGCAGCAGAGGGAGAAGCUGUCUCUGAUCCGCAAGCAUGCGCAGACCUUCAUCGCUCUGUGCGCCACUGACUUCAAGUUCGCCAUGUACCCGCCAUCAAUGAUCGCAACUGGAAGUGUGGGCGCAGCCAUCUGUGGGCUUCAGCAGGAUGAGGAAGUGAGCUCGCUCACUUGCGAUGCCCUGACCGAGCUGCUGGCCAAGAUCACCAACACAGAUGUGGAUUGUCUCAAAGCCUGCCAGGAGCAGAUCGAGGCAGUGCUUCUCAAUAGCCUGCAGCAGUACCGUCAGGACCAGCGCGAUGGAUCUAAGUCGGAGGAUGAACUGGACCAAGCCAGCACCCCUACAGACGUGCGGGAUAUUGACCUGUGAGGACGCUGAGUCGGGCGGAAAGAGAGAGGCACAUUCACCAUCUGCUCUCUCCUUCUCUCUGGUUAUGUUUUUUUCUUUGUGUUUUAGAGUAAAACAUAAAAAAAAAAAAAAUUCUACCCCCCACCUAGAUCAUAUUUAAAGAUCUUUUAGACGUGAGAGAAAAGGGUCCUAUAAAAACGGAAUGAUUAAAAGCAUUUGGUGCCUAUUUGAAUUACAACAUAAGGGAAUCCCUUGUAUAUGCGAACAUUUAUUGUUUGAUUAUAUAAAAGUAAUAGUAAAAUGCUUACAGGAAAACCUGCAGAGUAGCUAGGAAAUAUGUACGCCUGCAAUAUGGGAACGUAUUAGAGGAGACUUUUAUUUUCAUGUUAUAAACUAGCACAUACACCCCUUUUAGUAUAAUUUUAAGGAAAUGUGUAUGCCAUUUAUGGCAUGGUUAGAUUGCAAAGCAAUGAACUCAAGAAGGAAUUAGAAAUGAGGGACAUGAUGGGGAGGGAGUACAGAACCAUCUCUCAACACGAUGGAACCAUUUUGGGCGGAGAAGCACUUUGGCUCUUAACCACCUGUUACUAAGUCAGGAGCUGAUGGAUCUCUACAUUAAGGCUUUCUGCCGUCUACAGUAGCUGUUACCUGAAACAAUGUUUGAUUUUGCCAAUUGGACACAGGUGAUUGGCUCCUGGGUUUCACAUUUUGUGACAUCCUGCUUCUUCUUCCAAACGUGGUUCCUUGCAGACACCACCAUCUUGUCAUCUAAUGGGGAAAUGUAGCUAUGGGCCAUAACCAAAACUCCAAUGAAAUGGAGGCAGAUGGAGACCAAGUGGGGGAUCUGGAAUGGAAUCUUUCGUUCUUACUAUAUUCAAGAGGGUAAUGUGACCUUGGCAUCCUUUAUUAUGAAAAACUAAUUUUUGGUGCUGAUUGGCAUGUCUGGUCCAAAGUUUAGCGUUGUCAUAAACCAUUCCAUUCGAAAAGCACUUUGAAAAAUUGUUCCUGAGGGAUAGAUGGGAUGGUUUAUGCAAAUCAUGCAGAAUACGCCUUCCCUCUUCUCUUCUCUUUUCCCCAUACUGUUCUGCCCCAGUCUGAGUCACUAUUCACCUGCGGUAUCUGACAUUCUCUGGCACAUAGUUCUGGUGCUCCUACCAGGACUUAAAGAGACAACCCCUUCUGCUGACAUUCCCAUCACAACAUUCCUCAGAAAAGCCUAAAAACAAAAACGUUAGCAUUUUUAUGGCACAGAAGGAUCUUAUUCCCACCUAUAUAUAUUCCCUAAUUCCCACUUAUAUAUUUCUCCUUUGGACAUGGAAAGAAAAGUUAUUGCUGGUGCAAAGGAAGAUGGCUAAACAUCAGGGUGUGGCAUUUUGUUCCCUUUUCCGUUUUUUUGUUUUUUUUUUUUAAUUUUAUUGCAAGGUUGUAUUCAGCGUACUUGAAUUUCUUUUUUUCCUCUCCACUUCUUAAAAGCAUUCAGUUGGCAAAGAGGUUGGAGCAAUGACUUUUUUUUUUUUUUGCACAAUUGUAAUUGACAGGUAAUGAAGCUAUUUGUUAAAAUAUUUGCCUUUUUUAAGUAAAAAAGAAAAAGCAGAACAGGGCUACAUUGAAGAAUUAUUUUAUACACAGAUUCUGCCUUGUUUCAUAGUAUGAGGGGUGAAGAUGGAGAAAAUCUAAGGGUCUCUUAUUUUUCAUUUUAUUUUGUUCAUUUUAUUAUUAUUAUUUUUUUUUUUGCGCUGCUAAGAAGCUAAGAUGGUUCAUUCUUAUUCACAUUAACAGUACCUAGCUGUAAUGUUUCACAGAGUGUGCUGCUAUUUUAUAAACAUUUUUAUAAUAUAUUAUUUUACUGCUUAAAUUCCAAGUCCUGAAGUAGAUGGUUGAGAUAUGAGUUCUUCGUACUGGAAAAGCCCUUCCAUAGUCUGUUUUCUUCUGGUAGCAUAUUCAUGGUUGGUUUUUUUUUGUUUGUUUGUUUGUUUGUUUUUCCUUUUUGGUUUUGUGGGUUUUUGUUGUUGGUUUUUUUUUUUUUUUUUUUCCUCUCAUCACAUUCUUCAAAGACAGAGUAUUCUUUACCUCAGGUUUACUGGACAAAAUCAAUAACUACAAAAGACAAUGAUUCACAGUUUUGUUUUCACAAUACCUCACAAACGUACAGUUUCUGUUUGGGAGCCCAGUAGGGUGAGGAACAGGGAAGGCGAGCAGGGUGAGGAGGGGCACCAAAGUCCCUCUCAGAUAGAAGGCAAGGUGGAUUUGGCCCCAGGGUCUCACACUCGGGACCUUUCCUGUCAUGAAGGCCAUCAGGCUCCCAUUUUGACUCCGGUAUCCUCAUCAUGAUGGAAAAAAUACAUUGAACCAAGAGAUCCUCCCUCCCCUACAAGGCAGACAUCUAAUACAAACAUUUAUGCAGUGUAUUAGAAAGUCAUAAUUUGCACUUAGGUGUACCAGGUUAUCAGGAAAUAGACUGAAAAGAAUCCCAGCAGGCUGUUUGGAGAUCCUUAUCUUGCAGCUUUUUCAAAAGCAGGGCUUUCAUCUUCAUGAGGACUUUUCAUCUUGAAAGUGUCCUCUCUGUCUUUCCCCUUCCCUGGCACAGAUGCCCCACCCCCACCCCAACCCAGUCUCGGCUGGUCUCUGAAGUUUUCCUAGUCUGAAUCUGUGGGUAGGUGAAUCUACAGUGCAGCGUCUGUGGUGCUUUCCUCCCCCACCUCUGUCGCAGACUGCACGGGCAAGCACAGUGCGAGGCCAGGUCCUCUGCAAAGCACUAAGUGGUCUUCAGGUUUUAAAUCACAUGGAGUUGGCAUGAUAGAAAAAAUAGGUAAAUGAGUAUGGAAUGGUAGUUGAAGGGAGAGAAAGAGGCUGCUUGUCUGCUGGGAUGAAAUUCCAAAUGAGUCUGUCUCCUGUGACGUGUGUUUAGAAGGGUUCAGGACUUUGUGAGUUAGCAUGACCCUAAAAUUCUAGGGAAUUUCUGGUGGGACAGUGGGUAGUGAAUUCUGAAGUUUUGAUGAGGAAAGUUGAGCAGCCAGCAAGUUAGCCAGUGUUUUGUCAAGAACCCACUUUGCACAGCACACUAUUCUGGGCCCCAAGGAGUCCCAUAGAAUGAGGAAAAGACUGGUUCUUGGAGUUUGUGGGAGUCUUGGUGCCUAAAGAGAAAAUAAGGUGCAAAUUUAUUUAACAGUGUCCAACUCCUGAGCUUAAGCAGAAGCAGCAAAUUAAAGAAUCUGACAAGGAAAGGAACAGGCCUACCAGACUUUACCUACAGUCUGUAACUUUCCAUUCUUCCUGUAGCCCCUUGUGCCACUGGGUCUUUCUAGCUUUUUCUCUUUCCUGCCCCAAGGCCCUAGUGUGAUGUGGGUGUGGGGCUGCUGCCCAGAAAGUACUGGGCUAUUUAAAUUUUCCGUCUGCUCCCCGCUUAAACUAAACAAGGAAUCCUGGACUUGUGCAAGUAACUGAUGUCCUCUCCUUAGAUCUUGGUCUCCUGGGUAGGAGUUUUUGUUCCAGAGGAGUUCAAGGCUCCCCAUGGAUUUAAACUUGUUCUUUUUAAAAUGUUUUUCUCUUUCUUACCUGCCACUAACAGGGUUCCAAACCUGAUCUUUUUCUACUUUGUUAUCUUUUCGUCUCUUCUUGACUUCCUUUUCUUUGUUUUUUCUCCAUCAGUGGGGGCUACAUUGUUCCCCCAGCCUGCCAAAUUUUGAUCCUUCCCCUAUUUUGGCCAAAUCGUAGGGGGAAGAAAUCCUAGUAUGCCAAAAAUAUAUGCUAAGCAUAAUUAAAUUCCAUGCGGGUUCAUAACAGCCAAGGAGCCUGCAGGAGAAAGCAAGGGGCAGUUCCCUUAGCAGAACGUGUGCUGAUCAGCAAGCUCCUUGGAGAAGGGGCUGCUCUUGUAAGAGGCUUUAUUUUGAACUACCCCAGGAACCCCUGAAGAGCACACCACACCUUACUGCCUGUUACCCUGGGUCUGUGUGCUCUAUACAGGAGGCUCUGUUCUGUCUCUGUUAUCAGCCAGGUCAGGGGCAUGCAUGGCUUGGAGGUUUAAGUGACAAAGCCAGAGGAGAAAGCAACCUUGGCAGCAUCACGCUAUGUCCCGUUGCUAGCAGGAUGGGUGACUCGAGAGGGAGCUGCAGCUUUCCUGCAGUCUAGCACCCUCAAGGCCUCUCCAGACUGUCCCUGUGCUCUGGGACAGGCAGGUUAAGAACAUUAGACAGGAUCAGAUGACUUUCUCAAAGAGGGCAGGGGAAUUUUCUCUCCAUGGGCCACAAGGGACAGGGCUGGGAGAAGAAAUAGACUUGCACCUUAUGUCAUGUAAAUAAUUGAUUUUCUAGUUCACGAAAAUAAUAUUGAUAGUGUGGGAAAUGGAGGUAGGGUGAGGAGGAAGUCUGAGUAAGCCAAAAGGAUUCCUCUUUGUUUAUCUUUGAGACAGUCCAACCUUGAGAAUAGCUUUAAAAGGGAAAAAAAUAGUGCUGAGACAGUAAAGUCCCCUUGAGCCAACACAUCCCCUGUAGCUAUAGAAUGAGUGCAGCUUCUCUUGGUGUGGACUUGGAGCAGUUUUCAAGAGCUGUUCAUGCAGCAGCCAUCCAAUGUGUACAAAAUAGGGUAGGAAGAUGCAAGAGGAUGUUUAUUACUUCCUCACACCACGUGGCUUUUAAUGAUUCUGGAUUCUAAACAACCCAGAAUAGUCAUUUCAGCCAGAAAUGAUGCUACACUUGUGUGUCUCUGCUUUUGAACUUGGCUGGGUUGUUAGACCCUGUUCUUGGCUCAGGUUUCAAGAAGCCAUCAGCAAAUGUGCGCAUGCACGCCAUAGCUGCAGCGUGCACCCUGUGCCUGCGGCCACCUUGGAGGAAAAAAAAGUGCCUUACUGACUGUAGCCAUGACAGUAUCCAAUGUACAUCCUUUUGACAGGUGCUUGUCCUUGAAAAACAAUAUUUUCUAUUUUUAAUUGGUUUUAGUUCUCACUGCUGGCCAACUCUCACAUCCCCAGCAAAUCCCUGGGCCAUUGAAUUUUUUCCAUUAUGUUCAUUACCCUUGUACCAUGUACCUCAGAUCUCUCUCUCUCUUCUCUCUCUCAGUUUCUCAUCGUGGACUUUUUUUCCCCUCUCUCUCUUUCCUUUUUUUUUCCCCCUUUUUUUUUUUUUUUUUUUUUUGCUUUAAAACGAGUGUGAUGCCAUAUUGAGUCAAUGUUAUUCUCUCACAAUGUACUCUAUAAGAGGUGUGGGUGUUUAUUUGGUCGGGAUGCUAGAAAGUGCUAAAGUAGCAUGGUCAGUAUAAACAAAAAGGUUUUUAGGAAGUAUGGCAAAAAAAAUGUCUUAUUGGCUAUGAUGGUGACAUGAUAUAGUCAGCUGCCUUUUAAGAGGUUUUAUCUGUUCAGUGUUAAGUGAUUUAAAAAAAUAAUAACCUGUUCUUCUGACUAGUUUAAAGAUGGAUUUGAAAAUGGUUUUGGAUGCAAUUAGGUUGUGCUAUUUGGACAAUAAACUCACCUUGACCUAAAA